GUUUCUUACAACCUUAAUUUCUUUCCUUUCUAACCUUGUCUCAAAGAAUAAUAAUCUUGCUCCAAAUUUUGAAGGCUCACCCCUGUUUUCUUGCACUAGCUCCGUCUAUCGCCUAACGAUCUCAGAAAAUAGCUAUUCGCGAUGUUAUUAGUGUCUAGUUUUGACAAAAAAAAAAUACAACGAGCAACUAAAAUAAUGAAUUAUCUGGCUGCAGUGUCAGAUCUUUUCUGUCAAAAGCCAAUGCCGAUCCAGAAACAUCCAGUCCUCAUUAGAGUGGAUUUCCCGUUCGCCAGCUUAUUUGGUCUUGGAAAUCCAUCCAUUUGCAUAAGAUUGUAAAAUUCUAUUGGACAUUCUCUUCUUGUGACACCAAGGAUGUUGGUACCCCAUUGGUCCACUGCACGUGUGUCUCGCUCACGUGCUUCCGGUUAAGGAAAAAAGUAUGUGAGGGGCACAGUGAUUUUAGAAAGAGUUUGUUAAGCGCGAGCUGUCACACGGGGCAGCGAGUCGGGGACUGCGGAGCAUCGCGCGAUGUAUUGUCUGACAUGAAUAACGGGUGUGUUUUGACACUUGAAACGCCUCGAUCGCGGAAAGCAUUCCGAUGCUAUGACAGUCGCUUCUCUUAAGGUAUUUCGUAUACCUUUAUUUUAACACUAUAGACUGCAUUCUUGUUUGUUCUUAUCCGGAUACCGCUCUUUGCAACAAGUGGAAUUUUGGAGUGCAGACCGCGAUCCAGCUGUCAUGGAGGAGCAAAAGGAUCAAAAUAGUCGUGAUUCGACUGAAUCUGAGAGCGUCUCGCUCUCACCCAAUAUACCAUCUCCUCCGAUUUUACCUCACCAGGCUGCGCAGCAAGCCCACAGAACCACGAACUUUUUCAUCGACAAUAUUCUAAGGCCAGAUUUCGGCUGCAAGAAAGAUCUUGGGAGUAGGGACCGGGCGCAAACCUCGGGUAGGGAGAAUGUUAACCCUAUGGUAAUAAGGCCGUCGCAUAAUAGCAGCCUUUGCCAGGAUUCAAACUGCAGUAGUGACAGCACUUCUUCGUCCUCGUCGUCUUCGCCAUCCUCAAAGCAGACCUCGGCAAAGCUUGUUGAAGGAAAUGGAACUACCACAGCAAGGUACGGGGAGAAUACGACGCCGAUAAUGGUGGUGAACGCUAACGGGGGAACUCCGCCAGUUAAAGAAUCGCAGCCUUUACUAUGGCCUGCGUGGGUGUACUGCACCAGGUACUCGGACAGACCUUCAUCUGUUUCUACACUAGGCCCAAGGACACGAAAAUUGAAAAAGAAGAAAAGCGAGAAGGAAGACAAGCGACCAAGAACCGCUUUCACGGCUGAACAGCUGCAGAGACUUAAAGCCGAGUUUCAGGCGAAUCGGUACAUUACGGAGCAGCGGAGACAGUCGCUGGCCCAGGAACUCAACCUCAAUGAGUCACAAAUAAAAAUCUGGUUCCAGAAUAAGAGAGCCAAAAUAAAAAAGGCCUCUGGCUAUAAAAACGGCCUCGCUCUUCAGCUUAUGGCUCAAGGACUCUACAACCAUUCCACAACCACAGUUCAAGAUGAAAAAGAAGAUAGCGAAUAAAAUGGCCCGGCAUCCCUCCUAUAAAAGGCCAUGGACGCUGACCCCAACAAAAGUGAUUUUUCAUAUUUUUUAUGAAUCAAAUGAAAAGGAAAUGUCUUCGAGUUCUGCGAAGAAACGAAGAUACGAUAUUUAAACAAAUUUCUGUUUAUCAUACAGUAUAUGGACAUGCAUCUAAAUACGAACACUAUGAAAAUUUAUAUAUAGCCAAAACUGUAAGAUGUGUAUAUUUAAUUCCAGGUAAGGGGAUGUCUAUAUUGCUCCUUACUUGCUGAAUAUUUCUAACGUUUCUUCUCCUUUCCCAAUGUGGUUGCUCACCGUUUCAGUAGGCCUAAAUGUCAGGCUUGUUAGAGUUUUUGUGAUAGCCCUGUCUCUUAAAUCCCUUAUCUCACAGUUCUUCAAAUGCGUGACUGAACCAACGCUUCAAGCCAAAGAUUUUAAUAUGUUCAGAUGAUGUUGUCUGAAAUAAAAAAAGGUAGAAUGUG